AUGGUGUUGGACGUGAGGUCAGUAAUGAUCGCUGGGGUGGCUCUGCAUUGCGACGUCAAGGCAAUGCUUGACACCAAGUGGCUCUGCAUUGGCACGUCAAGGCAGUGCUUGACACCAGGUGGCUCUGCAUUGCCACGUCAAGAUCCGGCCUUGGUGAACAAGUUUGCUAUCGAUGCAUCGACGGGUGUCAUGACGAUAGCGGAGGAGGUGGACAGAGAACAGCUGCUAGACAUCAACGGACGCUUCGAAGUGAUGGUCGAGGUGCGCAGGGACACGGAUGUGGACGAGUGGAAGGCCAACGCGACGGCGCUCGUCUACGUGAACGUGCUCGACAUCAACGACAACGAGCCGGAGUUCGCGAAGGACUCGUACACGGGAUCGAUCCUCGAGAACUCGCCAAAGUCCGUUCCCGUGACGAUAGACCAAGGCGACAUCCAGGUCUACGACUGGGAUUCGCUGGAUAACGGCACGCUGGCAAUUACCCUGGAUGGCGACGACGGGGUGUUCUCCGUUCAGCCUGAGAGUGUUGUCAACGAGGGCACGAUACUGCUCAGGGUACUCGACCCGACGAAGCUCGACUACCAACUCAUGCAGAGCAUCAGCUUCCAGCUCGUAGCGACGGAGUAUAAAACACCAGAGCGGUACUCCGGCAGGACGAACGUCAUCGUUCAUCUGAUCGACACGAACGACAAGUUUCCGCAGUGGGUGGACGCGCCGUACUACGUGGAACUCUACGAGAACGCGAGCAUCAGCGAUCAUGUCAUACAGUUGUUGGCUACAGAUGCGGAUUCAGGUGACUACGGAAUAGUGUAUUAUUACAUCGUGGACACCGGAAUUGACAGGUUCGUCGUCAAGGAAACGACGGGUCUCGUCAGCGUGGACCAGCCGCUGGACCGCGAGACGACGGAUAAAUACUACCUUACCGUGGAGGCUCGCGACUACAAGGGUCAGGGCAACCGUAACAGCACGCAGCCUGGAGGUGGCAUUCUCGACGUGAACGGACAAUGCGCCCGUGUUCGUGAAUACCGUCUUACGACGGUACAUCGAGGAGGACGACUUUGA